AUGGCAGACCAACCUCAGAGUCUUCGGGCUUUUUUCGAGGAUGCAAAGGCGACCAAACAGGCGCUAGAAUCGGCAGCAGAGACAAACACCGACUCCUAUCGCAGCGAGGUCAAUGCGGCGAUCGCGAAAUUCGAAGAAUGCCGGCAACUCGUCAGUCAGCUGUCGUUAUUCAGUCGCAACGAGUCUUUGGACGACGUCGCUACAGGAGACCUACAGUACCUGACCGUUGACUACCUUCUCGCGGAACUGCUCCAGCGAUCCUAUAGCUCUGACCGUGAGGCCCUUCUUCGUCGAGCACUGCAAUACUACGAGUCAUUUUUAGCGCGCUUGGAGGACUAUGAUUUGUUGUCACCCAGUGAUAAGAAGCUCUACGAGCGAUACGCGGAGGACCCGAAGUCUUUCACAUUGGCGCCCAUGAACGAUGCGGCUGCCCGGAGAGAAGUGAAAGUCAACAGAUUUAGGGAGGAAAAAGAGCUCAAACAAAAACUUGAGUACCUAUCGCAAAACCAGAGCCGACUGCAGAACGAUGACGAUAUCCCACGACAGCUCUAUUUAGCUGAAAUCCAACUCUACGUUCACCACACAUUCCAGUCAUUGGAUAUGCUAGUGCAGGAGCUCUCAAUGCUGUCGAUGAUGCGCAAUGCGCCGAAACCAGCGGAAAGCCAGCACAGUGAUGACCCCCGAAAAAGGAACGAUGCGGACAAGACAGGUUAUUCGGACCGGUUGGAUCCUUCGCUGGCUCAGUUGUUACAGAACGGUAGAGCUGGGCCGUUAUUGAGCAGAGACGGCAAACCACUACAACCAUUCACGCUUACUGAUCGCCGGACGCAACUUAGACAAGGUGUUUUCAAACCAAGCCACAAUUUGCCUACUAUGACAAUUGAAGACUAUCUUGAAGAGGAAAAGAGACGAGGCGGCAUAAUUGAAGGAGGGGAACAGUCAGGCGUUGCUCCAGAGCCUGAUGAGGACAACCUGGAGAAAGCUGAUGAAGAGACCAUGAAAGCAAGGGCGUGGGAUGAAUUCAAGGAAGAGAAUCCAAGGGGAUCUGGAAACACGCUGAACCGGGGAUGA